AGAGCUUUUUUUUUUUUUUUUUUUUUCAUAAGGGGGUAUUUUUAAUUCUAAAGCGAGGGAUUGGUCACACUUCGUCUCAUUAGCAUGAGGAGCCGUAUAAACCCCGCCACUGCAGAAUUUGGAGAGCUGUGUUGAAGAAGGCGAGGCAACAAGCGUGUCUGUCUGACUGGCUGGCUGGCUGGCUGCGCGCAAAAAAAAAAGGAGCGACUAUAACUUUCACUUCCCAAGCAUCAGUUCAUAAAAGCUGUGGAGAGAGAGAGGAGAGGAGAGCUGCAUGGAGAGCUCACUCCAGAGGUGAACUGGGUCUCACAUCUGUUUCAGGCUGCUCACAGAAGAAGGGAAGAUGAUAAUAAAGGGCAAAACUUAUUGGCACCGGUGGAUUUUUAUAUUCUCCAUCCAUCAUUUUCUAUUCACCUCACUGGCUCAGUCCGAUGGAAAUACUAUCCGAUACCACACCAACGAGGAGGACGCGCCAGGUACAGUCAUCGGAAACCUCGCCAAGGACAUGUCCUUGAGUCUGUCUCCUCACUCCUCCAGGACCAAUUUCAGGAUGAUGAAACAAUUCAACGACUCGUUCAUUAGGGUGAGAGAAAGCGAUGGAGAGCUGUCUGUGUUGGAGAGAAUAGACAGAGAGAGGAUCUGCAGACACACUACUCCUCCAUCACAGUGUCUCAUCACUUUCGACGUGGUCAAUUUCUCCAAAGAGCGCUACAGAUUGAUCCACGCAGAGGUGGAAAUAAAGGACAUCAACGACAACUCUCCGGAGUUCCCACACAGGGAGUCUCUAGUGGAGAUGUCUGAGAGCUCACCGGUGGGCACCCGCAUCCCUCUGGAUCCAGCUGUGGAUGCAGAUGUUGGGUCAAACUACAUCCAAAGCUAUCAAAUCUCAGUGAACAGCCACUUCACUAUUGAUGUGCUCCUGAGAGCGGAUGGGGUUAAAUAUGCGGAAUUGGUGCUAAUGAAGGAUCUAGACAGGGAGAUUGAGUCCUCAUACACUGUGGAUCUGGUCGCAACAGAUGGAGGGAGUCCACGCAGAUCGGGAUCAACAAAAAUCACAAUAAAAGUGACUGACUUUAACGACAACAGUCCAGUUUUUGAUCAGAAUAGUUUCUCUGUGAGUCUCCCAGAGGACGCACCGGUUGGAGCUGUCAUCCUGGACUUGAACGCGGUGGAUGCUGAUGAGGGUCUGAACGGAGAGGUGGUCUACGGGUUUGGAAAACAGGUCUCCCACGAGAUCAGAGAACUUUUCCAAGUGGAUCACAAAUCCGGGCGCCUGACGCUCAGGAGCAGUGUGGAUUUCGAGGAGAAAAGCACCUACGAGGUGGACGUGCAGGCGACAGAUCUGGGACCCAAUCCGACCCCCUCCGUGUGCAAAAUCAUCAUCCACGUCACGGAUGUUAAUGACAAUGCUCCAGAGAUCAGCAUCACACCGAUGACCUCCUCCAUCACCACGGGCGCAGCGCACAUCAGCGAGGCUGCAGACAAGGACAGUCUGGUGGCUCUGAUCAGCACCUUGGACAGAGACUCUGGUGUGAACAGCCAGGUGCAUUGCACUCUGUAUGGACACGACCACUUCAAACUGAGGCAGGCUUAUGAGGACUCUUACAUGAUAGUCACAGCUGCUGUUCUAGACAGAGAAAGGAUUAGUGAGUAUAACCUGACAGUCAUGGCUGAGGAUUUUGGGUCACCUCCUCUGAGAAAGAUCACCCAGUACACCAUCAGGCUCAGCGAUGAGAAUGACAACGCCCCUCACUUCACCAAAUCUGUCUAUGAAGUUUCAGUGGCUGAAAACAACGCUCCUGGUGCUUAUAUCACCACAGUGGAGGCUAGUGAUGCAGAUCUGAGCAAUAAUGGCAAGAUCACCUACAGGCUGGUGGACAGUGUCAUCAUGGGCUCCCCAGUGAACACCUUUGUGUCUCUGAACUCGGUGUCUGGCUCCAUAUACGCGCUGAGGAGUUUUAAUUAUGAGGUGAUGAAACUGCUAGACAUACACAUCCAAGCAAGUGAUGGGGGGUCACCACAGCUGCAGAGCACAGCUGUCAUCAGGCUCAAAAUAGUUGAUCAGAAUGACAACCAGCCUUCCAUUGUAGAGCCGCCCCUUUACAAGGGAUCUGCUGAGGUUUUCCUGCCCAAGGAUGCACCUGCAGGUUAUGUGGUAACCCAGAUAAAGGCCACAGACGCUGAUGAAGGCGUGAACGCACAGCUGUCCUAUAAAAUCACCGAGGGGGGACACCUGGGUUUCUCCAUCAACAGAGAUACAGGGAAGGUGCACGUGAGCCGGCAGCUGACGUAUGAUUUAGCAGACAAUGUCAAAGUCACAGUGUCGGUCAGUGACAAUGGGUCCCCGGCGCUCACCUCCACAGCCAUUAUACACUUCAGCUUCAUAGAGGGAACUCUACCCAGCAUGCCUUCCUUGGCUCAAAAUGGCAGCGAGGAGCUCUUUGAAUGGGACAUGUCCAUAGCCAUAAUCAUUGUCCUGGCAGGGAGCUGCUCUCUCCUCCUGCUGGCUAUCAUUCUCAUCACAACCAUUUGUAGCCGCCGGAAAAAGGAGACAAGGGAGGCGGGGUACGACGAUAAAGAAGACUUGCCAGAUGUGGAGAAAGUGGAGAGCGGUCAUGUCGACUCAUUGAUUGCCAACCACAAAGGCAAAGUGUUUGAUGCCCAUCCAUUUCCAGAGAAGCCUCCGUUGGCGGCCAGCAGCAGCAACACAACAACAGAGACAGGCUGCGAGGAUGGCAGGCAGACAGCAGGCAUCUUUGAGUCGAACAGCAGGGUGAUGGAGGGGAAAUUAAAGGGUUACUCUACGCUACCGGGAUAUGGGAAAGAAACAGUGAGGCCGAUAACGAUAUGGAAGGGCAAUUCGUUCACGACAAUCUCAGCGAGAGAUCCCCACAUCAGCGGCAAGGACAGUGGAAAAGGGGACAGCGACUUCAAUGACAGUGACUCGGAUAUAAGUGGAGAUGUGCACAAAAAAGAGUCGCCGCCAACAAACAGUCUUUGGGCGUGCACGAGCGAGUGCAAAGUGCUGGGACACUCGGACCGCUGCUGGAGCCCCUCGGCGACGAGGCCCAACACGAGCAUGGCCUGCGGACCGCACCUGUCCACGUUCAACAAGACGGCUUCGCUUCCCCGGAACACCGGAAGGGAAAACUACUAUCCGGCUGUCUUACCAAAAACCAACGGUCUGCAAAGCGUGUACGAAAAAGUCCAACACCAGGAAUUUGAUUAUAUCCUCGUUGGCCCACAGACGCCGGCCAGAAUACAGGAAACGGACGAGAUGUCCAUUCCAGAGUACACAAACUCUUAAAAGUCACCAAAAAGGGAUCCUGUCUUUCUACUGUACAGUACUUUUAAUUGACUAUGUUGGAUUGUUGCAGUGUUUUUGUAGUAUGUCAUGUGUCUUUUUUGGCUCAUAUAAGACUGUUCAUUGUAUCAUGUGUAAUAUGCAAGAUUUUGUACAUUAAUAAUAUAUUUUUCAUAAUGAUUCAAUGUAAAGAAGACUUUUAUUAUGAAUUUUCAAGAGCAUGUGUUACUAUUUAAGGGGCAUGAAUGACCUAUGGACAUUUAAGGCUGAAAGGGGCCUUUCUGCUGUGGAAAACAAUCAAUAUGGAAGAUUACCAUGUUUGUGGUAGAUUUUGUCACAUUUGUUGCACAAAUAAACAGUUAAAAGCGAAA